UCUCAAAAAUCCAUGGAGGUUUAAACCCCAACCCUAUAUUCCUUCUCUCUCUCUCUCUCUCUCUCUCUCUCCCUCUCCCUCUCCCUCUUUCUCUGUGUCUCUCUCUUUUGCUCCUUCACAAGUACAUAUCAGAAAAGGUCCUCUCAAAGCUAGCGUUCUGCACAUUGCUCUUGCCCCUUUCUUCCGGCUUCUUAUGGUGCAUGCUUUUUCAGAUUCCCUUUUCUUUGAAGUAGAGAUGAGAUCCGUUGAGGAUAAAGGGUGUUUGAGUUAUGGACAGAGGCAAGAUUCCGGCGGCGGGGGAAAUAUGGGGUUUGAGUUUCAGAAAGGAAUCGCCGCCGCCGCCGCCGGCGGCGGCGGCGGCGGGAAUCGCCAUUCUCAUCCUCGGGCGACGUCGGGGAAACCCACUCCCUCGAAGUGGGAUGAUGCGCAGAAAUGGCUGGUGAAUCUGUCGCGCGGCGGCGGUGGCGGCGGGGAGAGGGGACAGCCGAGGGCGAGCCCGCGGAACUCGAACGCCGAUGACCGGCGAUUGAUCGCUCCGGUGCCCAAGCACGAGGACUACACCAGCGAGGAGGACGAGCUGCCGGCCGGGCACGAUGGCCUCGCCGGCGACGUUGAAACGAAGAAAGUCGAAUGCGUUGAUUCGAUUUGGAGGAUCAAUAAACCGGCGAACGGGGGCGGCUCUGUUAACUCCGCCGCCGUUAGGUCCAUCUGCGUGAGAGAUAUGGGGACUGAAAUGACUCCCAUUGCGAGCCAGGAGCCCUCCCGAACCGCCACUCCGAUCAGAGCCACCACUCCGGCCGCCAGAAGCCCCAUUUCCUCCGGAUCUUCAACUCCGGUCAGGUGCCAAAACGGAGUAGCGCAGGCUCUAGAAAACGGCCACAUUCCCGGAGAAAACAGAGGUGAUAUUGGCAGAGGCGUUUCCGCCGCACUUCCCACCCGGUUCGGCCGAGCAGAUUCCGGCGACACCGCCAUUAAUGACAGCCACACAGCUGCAAAUAAGAAGCUCACCGCACUCGAAACUCGCGCAGCAGCCUGGGAUGAAGCUGAACGUGCAAAAUACACUGCCAGGUAUAAGCGUGAAGAGGUAAAGAUACAAGCGUGGGAGAAUCGGGAGAAAAGAAAAGCUGAAAUGGAAAUGCGACGAAAGGAGGUGAAAGCGGAAAGCAUGAAAGCUCGGGCGCAAGAAAAGUAUACGAACAAAGUGGCGGCAACGAGGAGGAUAGCAGAGGAGAAAAGGGCAAACGCAGAGGCAAAGCUAAACGAGAGUGCGGCAAAGACGUCAGAGAAGGCGGAUUACAUUCGCCGCACCGGUCAUCUUCCUUCUUCCUUCUCCUUCUCCUUCAAGUUGCGAAGCCCAUCUUUCUGCUGGUAGCUAUUUAAUAUGUAUCUUCUGUAACACAUACAUACAUAUAUAUAUGUUAUGCAGUAGGUUGUGGCACACCAUUUUGGACCGUUUUGAAGCCAUAAGAUAUCUGCAGAUUUCUUUCCUUGUGUUACAAUUUGUUUAUUAUGAUCAUCACACUAAGUCCGGCUUAGUUGGGGUCUGGCAAAGUGGCAAUUACAUUUUGAUAAAAAAA